AUGAGGAGAGAGAACCAGAGCUGUGUGUCUGAGUUCCUCCUCCUGGGGCUCCCCAUCUGGCCAGAGCAGCAGGGUGUGUUCUUUGCCCUGUUCCUGGGCAUGUACCUGACCACAUUGCUGGGGAACCUGCUCAUCAUCCUGCUCAUCAGGCUGGACCCUCACCUCCACACCCCCAUGUACUUCUUCCUCAGCCACCUGGCCUUCACCGACAUCAUGUUUUCAUCAGUCACAGCUCCAAAAAUGCUCCUGAACAUGCAAACACAGAAUCACUCCAUCUCCUAUGCUGGGUGCAUUUCCCAGGUGUAUUUUUUCUUACUGCUUGGGUGUCUCGACAGCUUUCUUCUCACCUCAAUGGCCUAUGACAGGUAUGUGGCCAUCUGUCACCCCCUCCACUAUAUCACAAUUAUGAAUCAGAGUCUGUGCCUCCUGUUAGUAAUCAUGUCCUGGACACUAUCCUCUGCCAGUGCCCUUUUGCACACACUCCUCCUAGCUCAUCUCUCUUUCUGUGGAGACAACACACUGCCCCAUUUCUUCUGUGACCUCUCCACCUUACUUAAGCUGUCCAGCUCAGAUACCACAGUCAAUGAGCUGUUCAUCCUCACUGUGGGAGUGAUGGUCAUUACCCUGCCAUUUGUAUGCAUCUUGGUCUCUUAUGGGCACAUCGGGGCCAGCAUCCUUAGGGUCCCCUCCACCAAGUGCAUCUGCAAAGCCCUGUCCACCUGUGGCUCUCACCUCUCCGUGGUCUCUCUGUACUAUGGAACAAUUAUUGGACUGUACUUUUUUCCCUCAUCCAGCAACUCCAAUGACAAGGAUGUUAUUGUGGCUAUAUUGUACACGCUGGUCACACCCAUGCUCAAUCCUUUCAUCUACAGUCUGAGAAAUCAGGAUAUGAAAGGAGCCCUGUUACAAGUGCUUUCUCUGAAAGACAUAUCUUUAUAA